AUGCGUUUCUCUUCCCCUGCUCUCGUCGCCGUCCUCCUCUCUCCUCUUGCUCUAGCCGCUCCGCCUUCUCUUUUCCGCGAUACCUCACAAGUAUUCCUACAUACCGAUCAAGACCUCAAAGUUCCUGGUGUCAACCCUCUAGAGUUCUGUGAUGACCCAGCAAAUAACCUUCUUACGAUUGAGAGGGUAGAUCUCUCUCCGAACCCACCAGUCCCUGGCCAACCCCUCGUCAUCAAAGCGUCCGGCAUCUUCUCCGAGAGGAUUGAAAAGGGAGCUACUGUUCACUUGCAGGUCACAUAUGGCUUCCUUCAGUUAAUAAAUAUGGAUAUGGAUCUAUGUGAUCAAACCGAUAAGGUCGGACUGAACUGCCCGAUCGAGAAGGGAAAGACGGUACUUAAGAAGACCGUGGAUAUUCCCCAGCAGGUUCCUCCAGGCAAAUACAUUGUCCGAGCAGACGUUUUGACUGCCGACAAAAAACCAGUUACCUGUCUUACAGCUUCCGUCGUCUUCGAGAUCAAAGUGUAA